UCACUCAAACGCAGUCUCCUCAGACAGGAGCGCGUUCCAGUAAGAGCCCGACAUACUGUAAAAAGACAACUGGAAAACUGUAAACGACUUUAAACAGGGAACUGACCUGUUUGUCCUCUUCUGUUGGCAGAGGAGACGUAACGUAUAUCAGCGGACUCUUGAUUUUUAGCAUUGCAUUUGGGGCCCACAGAGUCGCCAACAUGAGUCAGUGGUUGGAGCUGCAGCAACUGGAUUCGAAGUUUUUGGAGCAAGUGGAUCAGCUGUACGAUGACAACUUCCCAAUGGCCAUCCGCCAGUAUCUUAGCAGCUGGAUAGAAAGCCAUGACUGGGACCACGUUGCCAAUGUAGAGAACGAGUCCUUAGCCACCGUGAGGUUUCAUGACCUUUUAACACAGCUGGAUCAUCAACACAGCCGGUUCGCAAUGGAGAAAGACUUCCUGAACCAGCACAACAUCCGCAAGAUCAAGAGGAACUUGCAGAGUCUCUUCCAAGACAAUCCUGUUUCCAUGGCAAUGAUCAUCAGUCGGAACCUGAACGAGGAGAGAAAGAUUUUAGUAUCUGCCCAAAUGUCCGAGCAGAAUCGUGUAGAGAGCUCCCAAAACGACAUGAUCGUGGAGAAACAUCGAGAAAUGGAUGCGAAAGUAAAAGACAUCAAGAUGAAAGUGCAGGGAACUGAACAAAUCAUUAAAAAUCUUGAAGAUCUGCAAGAUGAAUACGACUUCAAGGACAAAACUCACCGAAGCAGAGAGGACCUGAAUGGGACGAUUUCGAAAGAAGACCUGAAUCGGGAGAGGCUGGCUAUUCACUCCAUGUUAGUGAAACUCAACGACAUGAGAAAGAACGUGAUCAGUCAGAUAUCAGAGGUCUUGAACCUCAUGGAUCAGGUGGUGUUCGAGCUCAUCUCAACAGAACUUGCCGAAUGGAAACGGCGUCAGCAGAUGUCCUGCGUCGGGGGUAUGACCAACGUCUGCUUGGACCAGCUGCAGAACUGGUUUACUUCAGUUGGCGAAUCUCUGCUUCAGCUUAGACAGCAACUAAAGAAACUUCUUGAACUGGAGCAGAAGUUCACAUAUGAAAACGACCCUAUUACCAAUAGCAAAAGCACUCUGGAGGAAAGGAUUACGUUAAAUCUCAAAACUCUUAUUACAAACUCCUUGGUUGUUGAGAGACAACCGUGCAUGCCGACCCAACUUCAAAGACCAUUGGUGCUCAAGACAGGAGUUCUGUUUACCCUUAAAAUUCGAAUGCUUAUAAAACUUCAGGAAUUUAAUCACACUGUUCGCGUGAAGGUGCAUUUUGAUAAGGAUGUUGUUGAAAAACGAAAAGGGUAUCGAAUGUUUAACAUCUUGGGAACAUCCAUGAAGGUGAUGAACAUGGAGGAAUCCAACGGAAUGGCGGCAGAAUUCCGACAUCUGCAACUCAAAGAGAGGAAAGUUACUGGGAACAGAACCAGUGAGGGCCCGCUGAUCGUCUCAGAAGAACUUCACUCCAUCACUUUUGAGGCGGAGCUUUGCUGGUCUGGAAUGGUCAUGAAUUUUGAGACCACCUCCUUGCCCAUAGUCGUGAUCUCCAAUGUCAGUCAGCUGCCCAGUGGAUGGGCGUCCAUAAUGUGGUACAACAUGCUGACCUCUGAGCCCAAGAAUCUGUCAUUUUUCGUAAGUCCUCCUUCUUGUACAUGGGGACAUCUAUCGGAGGUGCUGAGCUGGCAGUUUUCCGCCAUUACCAAAAGGGGUCUCAAUCAAGAACAACUAAGCAUGCUGGGAACUAAACUUUUGGGUCCCAAAGCAGUGACAGAUCCUGAGGCUCAGAUCCCAUGGAAUAGAUUCUGUAAGUCGGGUGGUGAGAAGAACGCUACAUUUUGGCUUUGGAUUGAAGGAAUUUUGGACCUUAUAAAGAGACACUUGUUGAGCCUCUGGGAUGAUGGGUGUAUCGUUGGGUUUGUGACCAAGGACCGCACUAAAACUUUGCUACACGACAAAGCUCCCGGGACGUUUCUGUUGCGCUUCAGCGAAAGCAACCGCGAUGGAGCCAUCACAUUCAGCUGGGUGGAACAUGACGCGAACGAAGAGCCACAGAUUCGCUCUGUGGAGCCCUACACGAAAAAGGAGCUCUCAGCUGUUUCACUUCCCGACAUCAUUCGAAACUAUCGCGUGAUGGCGGCCGAAAAUGUCCCGGAAAACCCUUUGCGCUUCCUCUACCCUAACGUACCUAAAGACGAAGCCUUCAGGAAAUACUACUCUAAACCCACAGACAAACAAGAGCCAAUGGAUGUUGAUAGGAAGUCAGAUGAAGGCUAUAUCAGUACCACCCUCAUCUCUAUCUCUGAAAUGAAACCACAGGAUUAUGAUCGUAACCUCAUGCCUAUGUCACCUGAGGUCUUUGUCGAGCUAGAGCGGAUGAAUCCAUUCAUACCAGAUAUGGAAUCAACAAUUUUGGGGAUGCCACAAAACUUCUCUUAAGGACUGGGUUCAUGGAUUUUUGCUUAAAAAAACCUAAAAAGGAUUGUUCACACACGACGUGUCUUUAACUAUCAUGCACUUGCGUGUCAAAUGCAAGGUUUCGAUAGACGUACUUAUUGCAAUACGGAAAGGUUCGCGUUAUUGGCAAGUCACAUAGUGAUGUAAGACACCGUGAAGUGUGAGGCGAGGUCAGAUAUUCCUUUUUGUUUUGUUGUAGCGAAAAAAAUACUGUAUAUAUGCUGCCAUCUAUAAAAAACUAAAGAGAAAACUAAUUUUACAUUCAUGCUAUAGUAUACUUAGCACUUAAUAUGGCAAAUUUAAGCAACCUUAUAAGGACAGAGACGUUAUAGUUUGUAAAUAGCACUUCAUUUUAUAAAUUUUAUUAUUGCUGAUAUGCCAAGUGAUGAGAUAAAGAGGCAGAAAGUAAGAAAUAAUUAAUAAAAAGUUAAAAUAAUGUGGCAAGGGGAUACAAUCCUAAUGGUUCUGAGAAGGCUUCAUUUUUAACUAUAAAUUAAAAUGUGACCCUAGAGUAUUUUAGAUUACCCAGAAUGAUUUUAAAAAGCAAGGAUUCAGGUCAGAUUGACACAUUUAAGCUGUUGGGUGUUUAGUUUUCUUAAACACAUGUGAAAAAAAAUCCUGAAUGCUUUCUGAAAUGUCUGGUGCUUCAUUUUUUUAUUUGUUUGCACAUGUUUGUACCUUUAUGUAUUUUCUUUUCCACACUGGAUUGUGCUGCUGUUUUCAAUUACAAUUAUUUGUCUACUUAGUCUGUCGUGGGCAUUAUAAAAAAAUAUUUUCGAUAACUACCGUUUGCUUUAAACAUAUACCUAAAAGCUUUUGGUGUAGACUAACAAAUGCUGUAUAUAUUUCUUAAAAAUCUCACAAAGUGCAAAGCAAUAUAUCGUAAUUAUUGUAUAGUUGUCUUAAAGGGAUAGUUCACUCAAAUUAAGAUGUUUUAACUAAUGUUUGUAACCAAGCAGAUCUGGGGCACCAUUGACUUCUAUAGGUGGUUUUAUCGUAACCACGCAUGUUUUCGCGAUUGAGCGCCUGGAACCAAAAGGGUGAUUCUCACGAAAUCCAGACUUAAAAGGUGUCCAGCAUCAGAUUUUUUUUAAAAGCCGUUAAAACCAAUUUUUUUUGCACAUAUAAGAUUAAGGUCUGAACUUACUAUAACCAUUUUUUUAGAGGAUUUAAAAAAUAUUUACUAUAAAUUUUUUUAGAUUAUCAUUAUCAAAAAUUAUCAUUACCACAACAUUAAAUAUGCAUUUACAAACUCAUGUUUCGGUAAUGAGAACUAAAAAGUUGUCUAGGUACUAUGACAAACUAAAUUUAAACUUUUAUCUGGAUAGAAAAAUAAGAACUGCUUACCUGGUAGCCAUCUUGAGUGUAACAGUCAAUUAUGUCCCUUCCAACAAUUUUUUUUUUGAAAAUGUUAGUUUCUUGAGGGCUUAAACAAUGAUUGAAAAUUGUUGCGGAGGAUGAGAAAAUUGGUCUUGGACAGAUUUAUAUUCCUUAUUAUUUUCAAUUAUUAUUAUUACAAAUACCACAUAUUUCUUUUCUGUAAAUGUCUUUUUUUUUAGAUUUUUUAAUUAUAAAUAUUUCCAUGUCAAAGAACCCAAAUCCAGUCAUGGACACGUUGCGGUAAUGAAAAUUUCCCCCUUAAAUGUGGAAAAAAACAACAAAAUUGGUUUGUAUGAUGUCAUUUGAAAUCAUGUGCAAAAUAGUACAUGAAGAGAUGUUUGUAACUGUAUGCUUCUUAUUUUUAUACUCUUACUUUGCAUUUACUUUUUUUAUCAAAAUGUUUCAUGACACCUCAUAAGUCUAAUUUUGCGAGAAUCACCCAAAAAUAAAAUGAAUAAUUAAUAAAAUAUAAUAAAAAUUUUGAUUAUUUUAUACAGUAACGUUAGUAUGUGUUAGAUAUGAUAUAUGAAUGCAGAUUAUGUACUUGUCAUUCAUUUAGCGUGUUGUUAUCAGAAAUAAAAUGCUCUAUUCUAUCUGAAAGUCUACCUGAAGUUGCGUUUUUUAUUUCACAAAAGCCGUUUGCUUAUAUUAUUGCUGCUGAAACCACAUAUAGUACAAAAAAAUAAUACUAUGGAGGUGAAUGGUGCCCCAGAUCUGUUUUCCAAAAUAUCUUAAUUUGUGUUCAGCAGGACAAAGAAAUUAAGUCCCACACUGAAUAAAUGCCUUGAAAAAGUAUGGUAAAUGUGCUUUUAAGAAAUAAAACAUUUAUAGAAAACAAACUAUUUAUAAUUUACGGUUUAAACCUUUAUUGUUUUUAUCUAGUAAUUCAUGCGUGUAAUUAUUAAAUAAAAAUCUAAGAAAUCACAACACGAUGCAGUAGAUAGCGCAAUAAUUGUAACAACCUUUACGAAUAUCUAUUAUAAUAGCGGUGUAACCAAAACAUAAUUAAAAUAAGUCAGAAAAACAAGAUACAAAUAAGACUGAUAGCUUGUAUGUUUGCAUUGUGACGUUUAGCAUUUAAUAAAUAACACACAUUUACAAAACACACUUACAAUAGCCUACUUUAAUAACGGCAACAAUAGUGUCCCACUAGAAAAUACUCUCAAAGUUGAGAUCAACUCGGCUUUGGAGGUUUGUUCAAGUAUUCACACGUCCUUAAAACAAUCACUGUGCAUGUGUGAAUAUAACGUGUGCUUACAGACAUAAAAACCAUCAUAUAGUGCUGUCAACACAAUCCACGGGACAUUUAGACCUAUUUGCUGUCAUUGUUAAUACAAGUGCAUGUAUCUUAUUUUGGGGGAUUUUUAUCCUGUAAUAAAACAGAUUUAUAAAAA